AUGGCACCAAGUGUUAGCAUCGCUAAGGAGAAUGGGUCCCGCGGAUCGGUGCCCUCUCCUCGAGUUUUGCCUCCUGGCAUCUCCAUCGAAAAGUUUCAGGAUUUUGCAUCGAAUCUUCAAAAGGCGGUAGGGAAGGAUAACCUUCAGGUAAUCACCCAAGAUACCCCUCUAGACGACGGCGAUUACCUUACAGUCGACUGUCAAACGCAUGACAUGCACUGCUUGUACGAACGAGAGGAGUUCAUCGGUAGUGCUCUUAUCCACCCCAAGAAUGUAGCCGAUAUACAGGCUAUUCUCAAACUUUGCAACGAUUUUGUUGUCCCCGUGUGGACAUACAGCAAAGGCCACAACAUUGGCUACGGUGGUGCCGCCCCGAGAGUAUCGGGGAGCUUGGUCAUGAACCUGGGAACCCAUAUGAACCGCAUCCUCGAGGUCAAUGCUGAAGAUUGUUAUUGCCUUGUUGAGCCUGGCGUUACAUAUCUUCAGAUGCAGAAAUAUCUAGACGACAACGGUCUGCGGGACAAGGUCUGGCUGGACUCCCCCGAGCUUGGGUAUGGCUCCAUGGUCGGUAACGCACUAGAUCAUGGAGUCGGAUUUACUCCCUAUGGCGAUCACUGGAUGAUGCAGUGCGGUAUGGAGAUCGUUCUCGCCAACGGCGAAGUGGUGCGUACCGGCAUGGGCGCUAUGCAGAGCCCUGAAGGUCGCAAGCAAGCUGCUCAAGGCAUUCCUCCUCAGGAUCAACAUCAAAACGAGUGCUGGCAGCUCUUCCCCUACGGAUUCGGUCCUAUUAACGACGGAAUCUUCUCUCAGAGCAAUCAUGCAGUCGUCACAAAGAUGGGCCUUUGGCUCAUGCCUGCUCCCCCUGGCAUGACUCCUUUCAUGGUGACAUAUGAGAAUGAUGAUGAUCUCGAAGCUAUUGUUGACAUCAUUCGUCCACUUCGUGUGAAUAUGAUUCUCCAAAAUGCCGCUAGUCUUCGUCAUAUUUCACUAGAUGCAUCGCAUUAUCACCCUCGUACAGAGUAUACGGACAAUCCCAACGAACCUCUUACAGAUGAGCAGUGGGAUGCAGCUGCAAAGAAGAUUGACUUGGGACGUUGGGUGUAUAUGGGAGCUGCCUAUGGGCCUGAGCCCAUUCGCAACGCACAUCUUGAGAUUAUCAAGCGAGAAAUGACCAAGGUUCCUGGCAGCAGAUGGUUCUUACUCGAAGACCGUAAAGAGGAAUUCAGCAGCCUGCAUGCCCGUGCUGAUACUAUGCGGGGUCUGCCAACCUUUGACGAAUUGCGGUGGUUGACACAUUGGAUCCCUAACUGCACAUUUCUUUCCUUUUCCCCGAUCUCCAAGGUUGACGGGAAAUCGGCGAUGAGUCAGUACACUAUGGCUAAGAAGCGCUUUGCUGAGGCCAAACUUGACUAUUUUGGUAUACUCAGUAUUGGUAUGCGUGAAAUGCAUAACAUUGUAUGCAUUGUAUAUAACCGGGAGGAUCCUGAUAUGCGCCGCCGAGCGCAGUGGCUUGUCCGCACGAUGAUCCAAGAUUGCGCUGACAACGGAUGGGGAGAGUUCCGCACCCACGUCGCAUUAAUGGAUCAGAUCGCAGAUACGUACGAUUUCAACAACCAUGCGCUUGGGAGGUUGAACCAAACAAUAAAGGAUGCAUUGGAUCCUAAUGGCAUUCUCGCUCCGGGAAAGAGUGGUGUUUGGCCCAAGAGCUACGAUAAGUCCAAGUGGGCGCUCAAGAAAGAUUACAUCAAAUAG